CCGCGCCGCUCGCUGAGGCUUGUGGGAUAGUGGAGGAGUGAGCUGCUAGUGCUCUGAACGCCGUGUUUUUGAAGAUGAUGGGCGGCGGGGCUGGUCGCAAUAACAGCGGAGGGUACAUGUAAAGAAAGCCUCCGGCUCCGGCACCCAGCGCAGUCAUGGCGGGAAUCAUCAAGAAGCAGAUCCUCAAGCAUUUGUCUCGGUUCACGAAGAACCUGUCUCCCGAUAAGAUCAACCUGAGCACUCUGAAGGGGGAGGGCCAGCUCUCCAACCUCGAGCUGGAUGAGGAGGUUCUGCAGAACAUGCUGGACUUGCCCACCUGGCUGGCCGUAACCCGCGUCUACUGCAACAAGGCUGCCAUCCGGAUCCAGUGGACGAAGCUGAAGACCAACCCCAUAUGCCUGUUUCUGGACAAGGUGGAGGUGGAGAUGAGGACCUGCGAGGAGCCACGCCCUCCCAAUGGCCCCUCCCCCAUCGCCAUCACCGCAGGGCAAAGCGAGUACGGCUUUGCCGAGAAGGUGGUAGAGGGCAUGUCCGUGGUGAUCAACUCCAUCACCAUCAAGGUGCAGGCUCGCGCCUUCCACGCCUCCUUCGAGCUCUGGCAGCUGCAGGGCACCAGCCUCAACCCUAAGUGGCAGCGCAGUGACCUCCGCUACACCCGCAUUACCGACCCCAGGAGGGGAGAGGUGCUGACCUUCAAGGAGAUUAAUUGGCAGAGCCUGCGCAUCGAAGCGGAUGCCAUGGAGAGCCAGGAGCAGGACCUGGGCAGCACGCCGCUGCGGCUCAUCACUAACCAGGGCCGUAUCCGCAUCGCACUUAAGCGGAGGGUUAAGGACUGCAACGUGUUGGCAUCCAAGCUGCACUUCAUCCUGGACGACCUACUGUGGGUGCUGACAGACUCUCAGCUCAAAGCUGUGAUCCACUAUGCCAAGUCCCUGAGCGAGGCUAUGGACAAGUCAGCCCAGCAGAGGAAGAGCAUGGCUGGGGAGUCGCUGCAGACCGCACCCCCGUCACCGGUUGCCCACUCGUCCUGGGCUGAGCCCGCGCCCCCUCCCAGCGGUGCCCCCAGCAACCUAAGCCAGUAUUUUGAGCUCCAUGACGUGAAGGAGUCUUCCUACCACACCUACAUUUCCCGCCUGGACCUGCACAUCUGCAACGACAGCUCCACGCAGAGCUCGGAUGAGACACAGCCGCCGGGACCCCAAGGAUCCAUGCAGCUGACAUUCCGCAAGCUGGGUUUUGAUUACUACCCCUUCCACCGGCCCGUGGAUGGCAGCCGUCACUGGGAGCGUCACUGCGGUGCCAUGGAGACGCAAUCCCAAUGGGCCGACGGACUGCUGCAGGAGUUCCAUAGGAGGCUGGAGACCUCGGGCUUCCCUGGGGCGCACUCGGAGUCUCUCCCCAUUAGGAGAACCCAGGAGGGUGAACCCAGCCCCAAAUCCAGCCCCCCCGAGCGAGGACAUGGCGCCCGCCACGGAUCGAGCCCCUGGAAGAGGCUGCGCUCCAGCUGCGUGGUUGUGCGUGUUGAUGACCUGGACGUCCACCAGGUGUCCACUGGAGGGCGCCACAGUAAGAAGACUCAGUCGUUCUUGUCCUGCAAUCGGAAGGUCCUGCACCUGGAUGACAGUGUACCCGCCUUUUACGGACAGUUCACUGAAUACUACUUUCCCGAGAGCCCUGGGCUGCCUGUACCCUGCUCUAGCCUGUUCGCUCAGCUAAAUGGCGUGCAGCUCUGUGUGGACCCGGCCAGUGUGCUGUGGAUGAACCUUUUCUCCCAGGGCCUGCUGUCCACGCUGGAGCAGGUAAAGGCCUUUUACCACCUACAGGACAGCGGCAAGGGGGAGGAGCAUGUGGAUGCCAGGAUGGACGCUGCCCAGCUCAAGGUGAUCAUUCCCCUGGAGACCUCCAUCCUGGACCACCCCGACCGCCCCCAAUCCCUGAGCAUAAACUUCUCCCACUUGGUGCUGAGCAACACGCGCCACUCCAUCCACGGGUCCCGAGCCGACCUGCACGCCACCUACCGUUCUUUCUCCUCCUGCCCCUUCUUUCAGCCCCCACCUCCCUGUCCCUUUCCACGGGACCGGAGUACCUUCCACCCCCUGCCCCCCACUUUCCUCCGCCACUCCGCAGACACUGGGCCACUCCUUGUGGAGCCCAAGCCGGCUCGAUCCCGAGACAUCUGGGCUGUCAGCUUGUCCCAGUUGGCUCUGAGCUUCGAGGGGUCCCGCCGGGGCCUCAAGGGGAAGCCGCUGCCCUUCCUGGAGCCCUUCUCCAUGUCCAUCUGGAUGUGCCGUCCCUCUGCCUUUGAGAACGACCCACCUCGAUCUCUGCCCUUCACCAACUACAAUCUCAGACCGUCAGACAGCUACAACCAUUCCUCAGAGGUGCUGGGGCACCCCCCAAAAUCGCAGACAGACUGCAAUCUGCUCCAGGUGGAUGAGGCCAGGGCGGAGUUGCCUUUGGCCUCGGUCCACAUCCUAGCUCAGGCCACAUCUCCCAUCAAGCUGUGGCUCAACCACUACCAGUACAUUGCACUGCUGCGCAUGAAGGACACCCUGGGCAGGCUGGGGGCAGAGCUGUCUCGGGAUGCCUUGAGGGUCGGCGAUAAGAAGGCGGAGUCUCUGACGGUGUGUGUCGCGGUCCUGAUGGAAGUCAUUGAGGUGGGACUGCUGCUCCCACCUGUCAUUAGGGAGUCUCAGGCGGAGCCGCCAUCCCCCGAGGAGACCGAGAGUCCCAGCCUCACGGACUCGGAGCCCUCUCCAUCCCAGACACCGCAUAUGGAGAUUCUGGAGGACAGUGGCAUUGGCAAUGGCCCAGCGGCUCCCGGAAGGGAUGUGGAUGGCCCGGUAGAGGAGGCGUGUGAGGCUCUGGAGGAGGUAGGGGAGGAGAAGGAGGAGUGCCAGGUGGUGCAGGACCUCUCCUCUCCUUCGUUCUCGCCUGGACACCAGCCGUCGCUCUCCCGGAAGGGUUCUUCCUUCAGCCUGGAAGGGGAGCUCUCCAGCGCACUGAGUGCCACCAAGGAUGCCACUAGGGAUGCACUGAGCGCCUCACUGGACCUCACCAAGGGGGCUUUCUCCAUCACCAAGGACGCCUUCAGCUUACUGAGCCGAAGCUCGGCCGUCAGCAAGAUGCUCUUCACCCCGCAGAUGAAGGACCAGAACCAACGUAGCGAGGAGACCUCCUUCUCCAUCCCUGGGGCUCUUCGUCUCACACCCAUACGGCAGUCCCCCUCCCAGCAUUCCUUGGACAGCGCCAUCCUGGAUGGCAGCUUGCCCGAAGAUCGGUUCUCUCUGGACAGUGACACCAGCGAGAACCUCACCGUCCACAUGGAUUCCGAGUCCGGCUUGGAGUCCAUGCGCCCGGAAAGUAUCUCCGGUCCUCCCACUGACCCAGCCUACCGCGGAAAUGCCACGCCUGGGAAUGAGGGGGGAUCCUCCGCUGAGCUGAGCAGCUCGCUGUCACAGAGCACCGAAGACAUUGGCCAAGACACGGCCGCCGUGCUGCUACUGCAGCUGUCUUCCUUUGGCUGCACCAUGGACAUGAAGGGUGAUGACCUGGUGGUGGCGCUGGAGGCACAGACCCUCACGACCCAGCAGCUAGGCAACCAGAAGCUCUCCGAGUUGCUGGCAGGUCUUACCCGUCACCAACCCUCAGCCCCAGUGCCAACUUCCCCUGCCGCCAGUGCUGCCCCUGUGGUCCGUGCGCGAAUGGAGCUGGGCCCAAGCGCGAGCCGCCACUCGCCCCUGGCUGAGUCUGCCGGCUUUCUGGAGAUGCGUGUGGCCGACUGCCGGGCUGAGCUGCUGGCUUCCACGUUGUCCACGCUCGGGCCGUUCCUGGAGGACGAGCUCAGCGCUGACAUCCAGCCCAUGCGACUGCACCUAGAUAACGCCACCAUCACGCUCAAGGACGACGGGCCACAGAUAUACCCCACAUCCCCCCAGCCGAUGCCUGUGGUCUUCAAGCUGAAUGGGGUGGUCCUGGAACGAUUUGACGACGGGGUCUUCUGUCUGAGAGCCGGUGGGACCGACAUGGAGAAAUCCCCCGCAGAGGGUGUUGCUACAGGCCAGACCGAGGCGUGCUGCCGGCUGUCAGACUGCUCUCCGUCUGUCCAACAGCAGGAGAACCAUGAGGUGCAGAGCACCCCCCUUGAGAUCCAGCUCCAAGUAGCUCAGGCUGCUCUCACCCAGGCUGUCUCCGAACGUCAGCGCCUCCUUCAAGAAGUUCACAAGUACGACCCCUUGUUUAACCUCUGAAGCUCCACACCUGCAACCAGCAGAGGGCACAGUCCCUCACCAUCUGGGAUGGAACAGUGCACUGCGGAGGCUUGUCUGAAAGCAGCACCGCACAGACAUGGUAGCGUGAGGCAGAAGGAAAAAUUACCUGGCGUUUCCAAGAGGAAGAGGAGCACGGUGAAUCCAUGCCGGCUUCGGCGGUGUGAGGGCCCGGAUCAUGAGGCACUCAGCUCUGCAGCAAGAUUCUUCCACAGGGCGUGAAUGGUUUACUGUCACACCUUGGUUUCAUUGAGUCCCCUUCCCACAUCUGGCUUGUUCACGUUUGCAUGCCACUAAGAGACCUUUUUUGUUUUUAACGUUUGGUGUUUUCAUCACCGUGAAAACAACACCAUCGACACUACACUCCUCAUUCCAUCAAGAACAUGAAACACAUAAAAAGGCCAUAGUCAGACGAGAGACGAGUGGCCAGUCAGGACUGGCUAAAGACGGUCUUCUGAGGUCACAGGGGAGUGGCCAGAGAAGGUGCCCUGAGGUCACGGGGGAGUGGCUAGUGGUGGUCUCCUGAUGUCAUGGGGAAGUGGCCAAUAAUUUUUGCAAUUUUUCAGCAAACAUGGUACGAAACACUUUCCAAAACUGGACGUUGGUCCACUGCCACUGACCUCCCUUUUGUUUUGAACCCUCUAUUUUCCUCACUUCCUCAGCCGUGUUUCAAGGCCCCUACUAGACCAAGAAUGUAGAUAACCUAGUUUACAGUGGCCGCCAUAGUUUGUAUACACAUCUGCAAGGUGUGGUAGAUGAAUGUCAGAAGUGUAGAUGUGUGCUUUCGGAUCGUGGCUGGGCUGCAGACAUAACAGGCAUGUUUCCGUCUCUGCAGCGAGAGAGAACAAAUACGCAAGUAACAGCCAGAAAGAUGCCGUAGCGUCUCGGCGGAGAUGUGUCAUGUUUACAGUGUUUACAUACCUGGGAGGAUCUCUGGAUUUCCAUUGAAGCUCCCGCGCUCUUCUCCGUGGCUGGGUAGUAGGUGUCCUGCUCGAGGGUCGUCACUGUUGACGCUCGGGCUACCCACUGGCUGUCGGAAUGGCUCGGACAGCACCAGUGCAAGUGAGUUUGUAAUUCUGUGUCUUUUGUGUGUAUCUUCAACUAGAGCUGCUUCAUCAUGGUACUGAUGUUUGGGAGUGGAGAUGUGGUACCGGUACAGGAUGUGUGGCGGGCAGCCAUGCAGUGCUGCUGUGUGUUACACUGACAGUUCCAGUCGAGCCAUUAGGUGACAUAGGCGGCUGCCUAGGGCGCCAUCUUCUGAGGAGGUGCUGAUUUUACUAGUCAGUUUUCGCUUUGUCCCAGAUAGGGGGCGCUGGCGGUAAAGCUUGCCUAAGGUGUCACAUGGCCUCUGACUGGUAGAGCACACUGGAGUAAAUGGAGGUUAUGGUACAUUAUUCUUUAAAUAGGCAAGGUUCUGUCAGUUUGUUUACCUUGCAAAAAUUGCCAAAUGUAAAGUGAAGUGGAGAGAGAGGCUUAGCUGCCGUAAGACGAAACGGGCCCCCUGGUGCCUAAAGGGGGUCACUGCGGCAGACUUUGUCAUUCUGCAGUGGCUCUUAUGUGAUUACUAUUAAGAUGUGAUGGGGACCCUUGUGGGUUCCUAGUUAUUAAUGUAACGGUACAUUCUGGAAUGAGGUCUUUUACACGACGGAGUCUUCCUGGAUGGAGAAAACCUAAAGGAUAUUUUAGAAACUGAGAAAUUUCAUCACUUCAGCUGACACCCCCUAAACAUGCUUUUUGUUUUCUGUGACGUAAGGCAGACCUUGUUUUCAUGUCUUGUUAAACACUACGGGAGGGGGAGUGUCCCCCCCCCCAGCUCCCAGAACACUCUCCCAGUACGUCUCGAGUGCUCUCUUGCCUUUUCUGGUCUGACAGAGUCACCAUGGUGACACACCCAAGCAGUAUUUAGCAGAUCUUAGCCUCCAGGGCACAUGCCGCCCCCAGUCCGCUCUGCUUUCGCCGUUUCCUGUGUUUCCUGUGAAACGUGUUCCAGGGAGGGCGAUAGCUCCCCUCAGGCAAGGGCCGGCUAGGCAGCAUGCCAACCAGGAAGUGAACAAGCCCCAUCUCGCCACGCAGGGCCGAGUGUCAUGCGGAGUUUCUCUCUCGUGUAGUUUCACCUCGGUCUGGAGCAGACUUUCCUCUGAAGCCUUCCGAAUUUGUCACCCCCACACGUGACACUCAUCUUUCGUCUCAUCUGCACCGCCCCCCCCCCCCCGACAAGCCUUUCUGGAAUCUGCCUGCACCCUCAGAGAGAGUUUUUUUCCCCACAGUGUUUUGCCAUUUCUAAUUUUGUUGAUCAUUUCAGCUUAAUCACUAAGGCCGCCAUAUAUGGUAGUUGAUGAGAGUGUUUUGCAUACACCAGAGCCGUGCUUCUCAACUGGUGGGUCACAGAGUGUAUGGUUAAAUUAUUUUACUGCCAGCACGCCCCAACCCCCCUUUGAGAACCAUGGACCUAGAUCAAACCUGACAAAUGAUUUUUGUUGAGUAUUGAAGUAUUCUAUCGGUAUUGUGAUUAGGGUUUGUCCUUAAUCAUUACGCACAAACAUUUGCCAACAAAUGAACAAAAAAAAAAAAAUAGUUCUAAGUGGGAAGUUGAGUUUGAAUGCGGUCGUUUUGGUGUAAGUGGGAAGAAGAAGGAAAGAAAUUGCAAAAAUAUGCUGAAACAUUUGAAGCACUACUGGUCGAUUAUUUCAGUGUCAAUCUGCAGGUGGUUAAAACCUUAUGUUUACUGGGCACGUUGGAUAUGAAGUGAAAGAUCUGCUCCAGCCCUGAGAAUCCCAGUGUUAUUGUUUUACUGGUUGUGAGCAACGGCAUAAUGCCUGAGAUCAGGACUCUGGUCUCUUUCGAACCCUUGACCAUGUGGACCCCCUGACAGUAUUAGGCUGUGUCUGCCUGUGUCUCAGUCACAGCUCCCCGUUCAGCUCUCUGGGGGUCCUCCUCGUCCAUGGAUGUCUCUAUACUGGACCCCAAGCCCAGACAGACAUGAGAUCGAUCCCGUUCCAGAUCACCCCGUGCCACUUGGAAUGAAUCUUCAUGUUAUUCAUGUCAGCGAACUGGGUCCCAUAAAGCGGGUCUGUGUGAGCUGUUUCAGAACCAGAUUAAUAAGUAUGUAGAUAAGGUCGUAGCCUCUCCUGUUGCUCUUGCCACCGAAGGUCUGUCGCGCACCUCGCUCCGUCUUCCAUGAUCCUUCACUUGACAGCGUUCAUGUGCUGAGGUAGAAUAGAAUAGUGAUACUUUAUUAAUCCCUAUGGGUAAAUUCUCAUUGUGGCCCGUCUUCCUCUCUAUAGAGGCGAGAGCAACCUUCAGUGUCCCAGCAUAGGGGAAGUUACAUUGCAGAGCCAAAGGAGCUGGGGGUUAAGGGCCUUAAUCAGGAGCCCAAAGAUAUGAUUAUUCUGCCAAGGUCAGGUUCAAACCGGCAACUUUCCGAUCACAUGCAUAGAGGCUUAAUCCAUCGAGUCGCACCAUAAACAAGUUGAAGUGCGUGUUCUUUUAACCAAAUGGCAUGUGGUCAGCACCACACGUGAUAAACACUUAAAGGGUUGGUGUUUCCAUUUGUCUUUUGGCAUAAUAAUUCAUAAAAGGCAAGGAAAGUUAUUUCUAAGCUCAGUGAGUAUCCUUUGAGCUGCUUCGAUUAAGGGAUGGGGGAUAAUUUGUAUUUAGGUUCAUUAAUUUGGCAGCUGCAUUUUGCAGAGGUACUUGCGGGUCAGAGCAUUUGGAGCACAGAGAAUGUGGCACUACAGCACGCCACCAUGACAGCCUGUUCAGCGCUGCUCACACGAGUGGGAUGCGAGCGUUUAUUUAAGCUGGUUCAAAGCCAUCUUUGAAUAUUUAUAAAUGUUUUACUGUCUGUUUAUUUUAAAGCAGGCUUUAAAAUGUAGCGGGAUAUUUUGGGGUGGUUUGACUCUGCAGGUUAAGACUCCAGGCCCAUAAUGAGAAGGUGAUAGGUUCAAAUCCCAAGGCUGAUAGAGUGAUUCUUCGGUGGGCUCCUGGGCAAGGCCCUUAACCCUAUUUGCUCCAGGGACUGGCUGACCCCGCUCAGUCACUUUAAUUUAGCCUGUGCUUUUAUCCAGUGUCAUAUUUUGUUGGAAUUGGUUUUCACCAACAUUACAUCCUGUUCUGUACUCUUAAGAUAAACAAACCUGAUACUGCUUAAUAUCGACCUACAGUAAGAAAGACGGCGAAAGCAGCGAUGAAAACAAACCUACAUAUGAAGAGGGCUGCCACAGUGUAUCAUGAAUGAAUUUUUUUUUUAAUAAAAAAAUGAAGAAUCA